AACCUGCCGUUCAUGGGUAAGCUCGUUUUGUGCGUGCGUACCCUGGCUGUAUCUGCUGCCAAGAUGGCUUUGAUCCGUUUCAAAGUGCCAAGGUAAUAUGAAAACGCAUGGUGACCCAACGCGGUCCUGACCUCUCAUAUCUGCGUCUUACAGCACAAGUAAGUUAAUUUGAAUGAUUAAUGCUCAUGUUAUUAAUAGCAAGUUCACUGUAAUUAUUAAAAGAAAUCUGUAUGUAUCUUUCUGUAUAUGGCGGAAAUUCUAAAUAAUCCCCGUAGGCGACAAUUAACUGCGCUAAUAGUUGCUUUUGGGGUAAUUAUCGAUGUAAAAAGGACCGUUGUGCAGUGUCAAAACUUCUUAGCCGUUUAGACGAAUGACGUAAACAAACGAAACAUCCUGAUUAAUGUUCAGAAAAAGGCAUUAUGUGACAGUUUGCUGAGUUUUUAACGGAUGGAAACCACCCACUCCAUUUAUUUAGUGUCUUAUGUAGCUAGUCAAGCGUGUUUUGAUUAACUUUGUCAUCUGAACUGUAUUUACAUAAUGAAAAUGACGUGAAGUGGCCUACAACUUUUGUAGAUGACGUGGGGUGGUGGGAUACACUUGUUUUAGGAAAUAUUUGUUUCCUAAUUUGUAUCUCCCUGGACCGCUUUUGCAUUUCACGUUCGUUUACCUGUUGACAAUUUCUCUUGGCGUUUGGGCGGCACAUGAUGUUUUGGUCAUCACCUCAUGUCGUAGAUGACCCGGGAGAAAUCCAGGUGCACUUGAAAGCUUUGCUUCGCUCUACCUCAGUGUUGGCUAGUCUCCUGAUUCCCUCACACGAUAAUGCAUAGACGUACUGUUCAUGUGUGCUCUCCCGCAAACUUGCUACCUUGAUAAACUGUGAUGAAUCCUGUUGCGUAUUUUCUGCGUGUCGGUUUAGGAUCUGUGCAUCCCAAAUUACACUCUAACCAUCCGCUAAAAGCUAUACUCUGCAGACAAGCUAUCUCAUUUAUGGUAGUGAUUACCUUUCCUCUGUCGUUACAGACACCAGACUUGACUGUAAAUAGAUGGUAACUGUAGAUAAAAGAUGUUAUCUGUGUGAGUGUGCGGUGUCUCAUGUGUUUGUUGAGACCUUGCUUAGGGUGUUUUACCUGUGCAUUACCAACGAUCUUUCGCAUGCAUAUCAUCUAUCAGAGAGGAACUACAGUGAAAUUGCCCAGAUCGGGUGUAGGCUGAUGUUGACAGUCAAGCUGAUGUAUUUUAUGACAGUCUGCAAUAAAAGCCCCUGCACUUAAGAUUGCUUCAGAUAACCUGUCUGUGAUGUCAAAUCAAAGAGCAAUCUCUUGGAGGUCUCAAAGAAAAUUAGAACUCGCUUUUGAAGAAUGCUUCGGACAGUAGUAGUUAUAGCUUUUACCGCUUUUCCCCAUCUAAACACCUUCUUGGAUGAUGUGUGUUGUGUGUGUGUGUGUUAUGUUGUGUUGUCUGUGUGUGAGGGGAAAGGGCUCAGUGUCAUGUUCAGCCGCUUCACAUGGGUUGAGACGGAAUCCUGGCCAACUCCAACGGCCAAAGCCUCCUUACAAGUCAUUGAUCGUGACAGUGCAGCCAUGAGAAAAUGUACUUUGUCCAUUCCCAUCAAAAGGAGGGGAAACUGCAUCAUGGCUAGUGCUUGCAACAAUCAGUUUCUUCCAUAGUGCAUUGUGGCUCAGGCGCUGUGUCAACCUCCAUGGCCGGUUGUCACAGCUCCACGGAGCAAACUCACAUGCAAAAUUACUCUUUCAAAAGCCAUUAAGGUCAUCUGGUUCCUGUUAUUCGGAGAGAGCACUUUCUCCAUGCACGGAGUGACUUCUUUUGGGUUUGGACUCCUGCUCCUCUGUGCCUUCUACUGUACGUACACCCUGUCUGACAUAAUCUAUCUGACCACAUGGAAAAGUUAAAUGCCCUCUGGUAGCAGUUGCAUGGUGUGGCGGAGAAAAUAAAGACCCCAGCGUUGCACCUCUCUUGUGUCUGUUCAGUAGUUCUUAGAUGGUUCCUGUGGUUCUUUCAUUAGGACUAUCGCUAGGACAGGAUGCCAUUUCUAUCCGGCUGUUAUGGUGCAUCACUGGCAUGAGUUCAUUAAGCGAAGACCGGAUGCGUAGAGCCAUGUAGAGGUGCCCCUCCUGACCAGCCUGAUGACGGUUACCAGUGAUGGCCACACAACCAGACCCAGCUGAAGAUUCAGUUGAUGACCUGGUGGACUCCGUUCAUGUUCUCAACUCUCUGGAGAAGAUCGUCCUCACCAUCUUCCUGGCGGUCAUCAUCAUCAUGACAGUCCUGGGCAAUCUCUUGGUAAUGGUGGCUCUUUGCAAAGACCGACAGCUACGGAAAAAGAAGACCAACUACUUCAUUGUGUCGCUGGCUUUCGCGGAUCUCUUGGUCGCUCUUCUGGUCAUGCCCUUCGCGGCCAUCGAGCUGACCGUGGGCCACUGGAGGUACGGCGAGACCUUCUGUCUGGUGCGGACGUCGCUGGAUGUGCUGCUCACCACGGCGUCCAUACUGCACCUGUGCUGCAUAGCGCUGGACAGGUAUUAUGCCAUUUGCUGCCAGCCGCUGGUGUACAGGAACAAGAUGACUCCGCUGAGGGUUACUCUGAUGCUGGGAGGGUGCUGGGUCAUCCCCUCCUUCAUCUCCUUUCUUCCCAUCAUGCAACGCUGGAACACUAUUGGCAUCGAGGAGAUUAUUGACGAGAGGAGGUUCAGCAUCAGCACCAAUGAGACCUACUGCGUGUUCCUGGUGAACCCGUCGUACGCGCUCAUCUGCUCGGCCGUGGCCUUCUACGUGCCGCUGGGCCUCAUGGUGCUGGCGUACCAGCGCAUCUACGUGACGGCCAUGGAGCACGCGCGGCAGAUCGGCACCCUCCAGCGUGCCGGCUCCGCUCCGGAGCACCUCAGCAGCAGCGGUGGCGGCACCGGCGGCUCGUCCGAGACGCACGGCUCCAGCCGCAUGAAGAUCGAGACCAAGGCGGCCAAGACGCUGGCCGUCAUCAUGGGCUGCUUCUGCCUGUGCUGGGCGCCCUUCUUCGUCACCAACGUGGUGGACCCCUUCAUCCAGUACACGGUACCCUGGCAGAUGUGGACCGCCUGGCUGUGGCUGGGCUAUGUGAACUCGGGGCUCAACCCGUUCCUCUACGCCUUCCUGAACCGGGCCUUCCGCCGGGCCUUCCUCAUGAUCCUGUGCUGCGGGGACGAGCGAUACGUGCGCAAGAGCAGCUACGGACCCUCACACGCGCACUCAGGCUCAGCCAAUGGCACGACCAUCGCUCUCAGAUUAUCCCUUCUGCCCAACCGAAGCUACAGUGACAAUGGACGACGCAUUCUAUCGAGUGAGCUUGAGUCGCAGGACUCUGUGGGCGCGCUAUGACACUUACACGAUAAACUCGCACAGAAUGAGCAUCAGUGUGGGCACGUCAUUCUCUGCACUGGAACAGACGGGAGAAUCUAGAACCUGCUCUUCAGAUGAAAGAGGAACAUGAAAAAACUAUUUAAAAGGACAUAUUGAAUGGUAUUAAAUGAUACUUACGGGACCAAUUUUACGGUGUUGCUGAAGGUUAUUGUGCGAUUAUGCACUGUACAACACUCCCUCGUGAAUGUACGCCAGCUUUUAAAGCCUCAACAACAGCAAAAUUAAGGCACUUAUGUUUUAAGAGCUCAAGAUGGGCUUGUAUUUUGAAUUCGUGUUUUUCUCUAUAAAAUUUUUCAUAUUUCCUGCUGAAAGAAACGUUGAAAAGCUUUGACAAGACCCUUCACGUUUUCAUCAGUCGUCUUCAGUAUCAUGUUGAUUAAAUGUCUCGUCGAGGUGUCUUUCCACAGCAUGUUGAAAAUACCAGAGGUUUGUAUUGUGCCAUUUAUACAGGGAUGGGGGGGGGGGGUUAAAUAUUAUUUAUUUUAACGUGCACAUUUGCGCUUCGGGACUCAGGAGCAAUAACUUGUUGCUAUGUGACAACGUUUUGUAAAGUUUUUUUCUCUUGCAUUUUUUUUAUUUUAGUUUGAAUUGGCUUUGGGUCAAAUGAACAUUGAAUUCUCCAUGCGAUGACUGGCAGAACAGCAAGCCGUUUUCAAAAGGUGCGGGCUACUCCAGUUAAUUAGGUAUUGGAAUCCCUGUGUCAACAGCUUUCUUCCUCUCCAUUUCAGCCUGACUUUGAUGAAUACACCAUUGUAGCUCUUUGUAAUCUAAACAAUUUGAUGCCAUGCAACUGAGCAAUUCUAGUGAUUCAGUAAUCUAAUGUUUAUUGUUGUCCUGAACGUAUUAUACCAUAAGAGCACCAUUAUACUAUUGUUUGUACGAGGCAAUUAGACAUAAAAACCUUUCACUCGAUUAAAAGAAAUGGCAAACCCA